AUGGGGUCAAGAAAUAAAAUGCUACUUUAUAAUAACGCAUUAAUGGAACAUAAAAGAUUAGCUAGCAGUUUUUUAUCAGUAUAUAAAGAAAAAGGUUAUAAUUAUGAAAAGUGUCAGAAUUGUUUAUCAUAUUUUUUAUCGUUAGUUCCUUUAUUAAUUGUAGGUGGAAUACAUUUAUUUAUAAAAAUGAAUGGUUACUAUAUUGGGAAUUUAUUUUUAACAAUAACAUAUUUGUUUUCUUUCUUUUUCUUUAUAUUAUAUUAUUAUAAUUCAUAUAUAAUAUUUGUAUUAUUUGUAUUUUUCGCAUUUUUAAUAUACUUAUGUUUACACGAAUUUGCACAUGCAUUGGUUGCAUAUAAGUAUGGUGACAUUACUAUGAUAUAUAAAGGGUAUUUAUAUUUGGAUAUAUUGAAUUAUUUAGAUAUUUUUCAUACAUUAAUAAUACCACUAAUAACACUAUUUAUAACAGGGUUUGGUAUUCCUGGAAAUUUAUAUUGGUUACAAUUACAUUUUAUAAGAAGUCGAUUUCAAUUAUCUUUUAUAUUUUUAUCUGGUCCCUUAUCAGAUAUAUUGUAUAUAUUAUUUAUAGUUUUUUUUUAUAAUUUAUAUUCAUAUUUUAAAAAUCAUAAGAAUUUAAAUGUGCAGCCACAUUCAAUAUUGUUUAUAUCUUUGGCUACAGCUGUUUCUUUCUUAGUGGAUUCGUUUCUUUUAAACUUAUGUCCUAUUUUAGGUUUUGAUGGUUGGGGUAUACUUGAGCCGUAUUUACCCUAUUGCUUAAACAACAUAAUAAAUGAAGAAAUUGUGUACACUUAUCUGUCGUACAUAUGUCCACUAUUAGUGUUCAUAUAUUUCAAUUUCAUUGAAACGAGAUAUCUGUUUUUUACCAGAAUUGUUAAUUUUAUACUAGCAAGAAUUUUAGGUAUUGAAUUGGGUCAUGUAACAAAUGGAGUUAACACUUUCCCAACCUUAUAUUCUUAUCUACGAAAAAUUUAA